ACGCGCCUGUUUUUUCCUUUUCAUGCCCCGAGUCCUCCGAUACAGCUAGGGCCGUUCCGCCGCCACCGCCGUCUCCUCCGCUCUUCCCUUCGCCGCCGGCCUCCGCGCCCCACCUCCGCCUUCGUGUUCUCCCGCCUCGCCGCAGUGCCGAGCGCGUCCGUCCUCUGCCGCUCCGCCUCUUUCACCGGCCGCCGACCGACGGCAAGCCACUGCCUCCUGUACCGGCGAACCGCGUCGUGCCAUUGCUGCACGCGGAGGAGGAGGGCCCCAUCUUACCAGCCGCACACCUCCCUUCGGCAACCAACCGCUGCACAUCUCUCUACUCCAGCGACUGGCGGCGUGCACCUCGGCAACUUGACCGUCUUCUCACCGUGCCGGACACUCGGCAAUCAGGCAACAAUAAACUGAAUUGUAUUAACCAGAAUUUUGGUUUCUACCCAAGCCUAAGCCGCCACAUAACCUUGCCGUUCUCAACGGGCACCGUUCCCUAAAUAAAAAGCAAGCACCGCCGAAAAAUCAGUCCUAGCUGGGGGUUCGAGCACCGGGGUCGGAAGGAAAACGAGGCGAGCUGUCGAUCGGGAUGGAGGCUAUGGUGCGGAAGGUGCAGCAGAGGGUGAGGAAAGCGCGGGAGGAGACGGAGCGGUGGGACGACCUCAACUCCCGCCUCCUCUCCCAGUUCUCCAACGCCACGACCAUCAUCACCCGCCUUCCGGUACUUGGAGAUGCUAAAAACUAUGGUGUCCUGCGGUGUGUGCCCAACAUCAGGGAGGAUCUCUUGGGGAAGCAGAUGGAGAGCCUGGAGCUCAUCUUUGUUUUGAUGAGGGAGACUCUGGAGGAGUUCAGUGGCAUUGCCAAAGGUUUGAGUAAGGUGCUGCGUGAUACUAAUCAGAUGGUGAGGGGUGGAUCGGCACUCACGGCAAAACAGUUGCAGUUACAAGUAGGAAUUUUGCCAACUAUCGCGGACUGCUUGGAUGGGCUACGAACGCUGUCUGAUAUGCACCAGGCUGAGUAUGCGCUAAAAUCAUCGAUCAUCUCUUUGUUGACAUGGACAAGCAGUUCAAGUGACAUCGCUGCAAUGCGUCAACUCUUGGUAGAGCAACCGAACAUACCAAAAGAUGAAGUGCAAUCUAUUUUUGACAUUAUAUUUGCUGAUGAAAUUUGUUAAGUUGGGUGUGUGUCCUACUGCCGGGAGCCUAUCACCCAGACAUGUCGAAGCCACUGUAUUUUGAUCUACUUUCUCAUCUAGACAAAGCAUGAAGGUGGCUGCAGUUUCAGGUUUAAUGAUCCCAAUUGCUGACAAAGCUCAAGCUGGAAUUAAUUUACAGAACCGUUUAGCUUGUAAACCUGCAAGAGGGGUCGACAUAUUGGGAAGUAGCAAUGUUCCGUCUGUAGGUGUAUGGUCAAAGUCUUUAUUUCUGGAAUUUGGUAUCAAACUAUUGAUCUGCUGCAACUUAAAGUGGUAUGGUGAAAGUGCCUUGUGGAAAUAGUUACUGGAAGUUUCCUAGCUUUGCUUAUUUGACCCUUU